AUGGGCAUGACCACAAGGAUAGUGUUAGCCAUCGUCUGCUUCAUGCUCAUCAUUGUCUCGUACAUCCACAUAUUCUGGGCCGUGCUGAGGAUGACUCAGGAAUGGUUGCCCCUUUCUCUAUCUCACUUUUUGUGGGGGAACACCACGAUUCAGGCCACCGCCAUCUUCUGCCUGCUUUGCUGUGGAUACUGGCGACUUCCCCACUUCCUCUGUGAGAUGACCACCAUGCUCAAGCUGGCAUAUGUGGAUGUCCGGGCCAAUGAGAUCCAUCUCUUACUGGACACUUUGGUCCUGAUUCUCCUGCCCUUGAGCCUUAUCACAGUUUCCUAUGGAUCCAUUGCCCGGGCCAUGCUGAGGAUCAAGUCGCCGCUGGACUGGAGGAAGUCCCUGGGCACCUGUGGGUCCCACCGCCUGGUGGUCACUCCCUUCUACGGGACCAACACCGUGGUCUACAUCUGGCCUUACAGCUCCUUCUCUGGGACUUUCGACAAGUUUCUGACCCUAUUCUACACUGUGGUCACCCCCACCCUCAACCCGCUGAUCUACACCCUGAGGAGCAAGGACGUGAAGGGGGUGGUGAGGAGAAUUCUGGGAAAAGACCCGAGUUCAGAAAAGGGCUAA